AUGAAAGCCAGGAAGAAUGCGGAUAUAUUGAAGGCGGUGCACGAAGCACAUAUCCAGCUUCGUUCCUGUGGGUUACCUGUGCACAAACUUCAUGCGGAUCGUGCUCGGGAGUAUACAACAAAGGCCUUGGAGCAGUGGGCAGCCAGCAGGGACAUUGACCUUUCGACUACCCAAGGAGAUGAUCCUUCCCAGAAUGGGACCGCGGAACGUGCUGUUCGGUUCCUCAAGAUGCGAAAGCGCAUCUUGUUACAGCAGGCCAAGGAGCUGAGCGGUUUGUCAACAGAGCUGGUUGCUUCGUUGUGGCCAUAUGCCGCUGAAACGGCAUCGGCCCAGCAACAAGCUGAAGUUUGGGGCCAACCUUCUCCGCUCGCUUUGGUUCGAAGGUUUUCACGAGAAGGAAGGGUUAUGGCCAAGGAGGCUGAACGGACCUUCUGCCGAAAUGGGUCGAAGGAGUAUAUCUUGUUUCAGGAUCCGCCCCUUCGGCGUGUGCGCCGGAAGAGUUCUGUUAUUGACUUGGCAGGUGGAGUCGGCCUUCUUCCGGGUUUCGAUAAAGAGGUCGUCGCCGCCGGGGAUGAGAAGGCUGGUUUGAGGGCUCUGGCAAUGUUGGCCAAGGCCGAGGUGGAGCCCUCGUCAGAAGAUGUUGUUUCGGAUGGGCUGUCUAUGGGUCACGAGGAAGGCCUUGAAAGUUCGGCUUCCAAGGUAUCCGCUCGUCGGGAUGAUCGCCCCCUUGCUGAGCAGGUUUAUGUGAAGAGUGAGCGGUUCCGGAAAACGAAGAAGCAAAGAGCAGCUGCCUGGCAAGCCAACGAUCCUCCCUCCGUUCAUACUACACUGGGGGCAUAUCAGCGCGGACCUUGGACGGGAAUGACCACGGCGACAGCACGGCAUGAGAGUUUGGCGUCCUACUUGACCGCGAUGCUGAGGCAUCAUGAAGGGAAGCCUAUGGUGUUUUCGGUCCUCACAAUUGCCAAGGACUUCAAUACCGAUGCUCAUAAGGACAAGUUCAAUAUGAGGGGUUCACGUAACUACGUCCUCACCCUGGGGAACUUCGAGAAUGGAGAGAUUUGGCAAGAGGGGACCAGCGACAGCCAUCCUGCGGGGUCCAUGGAAUUGGGUUCAGGGGAAGACAGGAUGGGCUACGUGGAGCCUGUGCACAACAAAGUCGUUCAGGCGAGCUCAGUGUGUCCCCGGUCCUUUGCGGAAGACUUUGAGGGCGUUGCAGAGGCAGUGAACGAGGCCAACAAGUCGCUCGAGGUUCGGGAGUCCGUGAGCCUGCCUGACCGACCGGGUGGGGAGCAAUGGAUGUCGUUGUGCCGAAUGACCGAGGGAACAGACGAAAUAGAUGGAGUUGAACCUUUGUUGGAAACGUUGUCUGGACCUUUGAAGGUUGUUUACACUGUUGCCCUGGAUGAGGUCAAGCAGUUCUUUCCGAGGUGGGCGGCGUCCAUUGUCAAGGAGGCCGACGCGUUGAUCAAGGCGAAGGCUUUGGUUCCCUCAACGCUUGAGGAGCAAAGAGCUCUGGAACGAUCUGGGAAGCUGGUUAUUCUCCCGGCAAAGGGAGUCUUCACUAUGAAACCCCUUGAUGGAGAGGUACUACCACAAGAUGCCGAUCAGCCUCUGCCUCCUGGGGAUCCCUGCUUCUACAAAAGAAAAGCGAGACUGGUUAUUUGUGGAAAUUUCCAGGGCAAGCAGUCUAUGGAAGAGUCCUAUGCAGGGGGCUGUCAAACGGAUUGCCUACGAGUGAUGUUGGUUCACUGCGCUGCGGUGGCAUGGUGUUUGGCCUCAACCGAUAUUCGCAAUGCUUUUAUCCUGGCUCCGAUCCAGGAAGAAGACGAUGAGGAGGAGGACGUGUACGCCCUCUACCCCCCAAAGGUGUUCCAGUUGGCGAAGGUGCAGUAUGCCAUGCAGUUGUGGAGAGUGAUUCCCUAUGAUGGUGGAUACAUCUACCUGAAGCAGCACAGAGCGGACGAGAACAUGAGGUCAGUUUGUGUGUUUGCUGCAGAUGGAUCUACUACUGUUCGGGCCUAUGUCAAUGUGUAUAUAGAUGACAUCUUGUAUGUGGGCGAGCCGGACAUCAUUCAGGAACUUCACCAGUGGUUAACCAGUGAAUGGAAGGCGUCUGAGUUGACUUGGGCAUCUGAGGAAACGACCAUAAGGUUCCUGGGAUUGGAGAUCAGCCGCAACAGCCAUGGGUCAGUGAAAAUCCACCAAAGGGGCUUCAUUGAAGAGCUUUUGAGGCAUCAUGGCCUCUCAGAGGCACGUGGCCACCUGACCCCGUGCCCGCAGGAGUGGCUUCUAGGUGAGGCCGAGUGUUCUCAGGAGGACUAUACUCCUGGUGGCACAAGCUCUCACCGGUAUCUUCAGCAGCCCGUUGCAUGGUGCUCUGGGCGCCAAGCGUUGGUGUCCUGGUCGGUUGCGGAAGCGGAACUUAUCGAGACCAUCAACACUACACAGAUGGCCUAUGGCAUCUCGGCGAUAACCGAGGAGCUCCACCACGUGCCGGCGGAGAUUGUUGUGAAAGUAGACAACUCAGCUGCUGUUGGUCUCAGCAAUGAGGCCGGUGGCAGCUGGAAGACGAGGCACUUGAAGGUGCGGGCCUACCACCUACGGGAGGCAGUUCAUCUACGUGAACUACGCAUCGAGCACAUCGCAGGCAAGCUUCAGCUCGGCGAUUUGGGAACGAAGGCGUUUAACCGCCCUCGUUUAGUUGAGCUCUUGAACCUUUGGGGCUUGCUUGUUUUGCUCAUGGGGUGGAUGGUUCAAGGGUCGAGGGCUUCGACUACAUCCGAGCCGGAGGAAAGAGGCAUUGAAGUUAGCAUGCCGUGGGAGCUCUAUGGCCUCAUCCUUCUUGGUUUGGUCGCUGCUAUUGGUGUUUGGGAGGCGAUCAAGUGGUUCUUUGAGUGGAUCUCUUUGAGAAGAAGUGGUUCUGUUGAGGAAUCCCGGGGGGCCAGGCGGCUUCGUCGACUACAGCAAGCUGUUCAGGAGGAGGUGGCACGUUAUGGAUUGAUGAUCCAGUUCAAGAACGUAGUGCACCGGACCGUUUGUGAUGAGUGA